UCAGCGAACGACAGCAAUGCGCCGGGUCUCGUGCUUCGGUGGCUACUUUUUAACGAAGCCACGUCUUCGUAAACCAGUAGUUCUCCGAUAGUUAGGUGUGUUGGAACAGAUAAGAAAGAAGCUCUGUUAAUUUCACGAUGCUACCUAAAAUUUUCGUUUUUGUUAGCUUCCUUUUUCUAAAUGUUUACGCUUCCGAAAGUGACGUUCUUGAAUUAACCGAUGAUGAUUUCACGGAUGAACUUAAACGUCAUGAAAAUGCACUUGUCAUGUUUUAUGCACCAUGGUGUGGACAUUGUAAACGUUUAAAGCCUGAAUAUGCAAAAGCUGCUGAACUUCUUAUAGGUAAUGAUCCUCCAAUCACAUUUGCUAAAGUUGAUUGUACAGAAAGUGGAAAAGAAACAUGUAACAAACAUUCUGUCAGUGGAUAUCCUACAUUAAAAAUUUUUGCAAAUGGUGAUUUGGUUGGAGAUUACAAUGGACCCAGAGAAGCACCUGGCAUUGUUAAAUAUAUGAAGGCACAAGUUGGUCCAGCAUCAAAAGAAUUAGUUAGCGAAGAUUGUCUAAAAUCAUUCUUAGAUUCUAAUGAAGUAGGUGUCGUAGGUUACUUUGAGAAAGAUGAUUCGCCUUUGUCAGCUGCAUUCCAUGCUGUCUCUAAGAAACUCCGAGAAAAAGUUAGAUUUGCUCAUACGUCUGCCAAAAAAUUACUAGAAACAGAAGGUUUGAAGAAUAAUAUUGUCUUAUAUCGGCCAAAAUUACUUCAAAACAAGUUUGAGGCUAAUAGUGUUAAAUAUGAAAAUGGUGAUACCAUUAACGACGUCCAUAAUUUUAUCACACAAAACUACUUUGGCAUUGUGGGUGUUCGUACUCGCGAUAACUCAGCGGAAUUUAAAAACCCAUUGAUUGUUGCUUACUACAGUGUAGAUUAUGUUAAAAAUCCUAAGGGUACCAAUUACUGGCGUAACAGGAUUCUCAAAGUUGCGAAAGAUUAUCCUUCUUUCAAUUUUGCCAUUUCUUCCAAAGAUGACUUCCAACACGAAUUGAAUGAUUUCGGCAUAGACUUUGUAAAAGGUGAUAAACCAGUUAUUCUGGCAAAAGACGCACAAGGCCAGAAAUUUGUUCUUAAAGAAGAAUUCUCGUUGGAUAACUUUGAAAAGUUUGUAAAAGCAUUCGAAGCUGGAGAAUUAGAACCAUAUCUGAAAUCUGAACCAAUUCCUGAAGAUAAUAAUGGAAAUGUUAAAGUUGCGGUAGCAAAGAACUUCGAAGAAAUUGUUACGAAUAAUGACAAAGAUACGUUAAUUGAAUUUUAUGCUCCUUGGUGUGGUCAUUGUAAAAAGCUUGCACCUGUUUUUGAUGAAUUGGGAGACAAAUUGGCUAAUGAAGAUGUUGAAAUAGUGAAGUUCGAUGCCACAGCUAAUGAUGUUCCAGCACCAUACGAAGUCAGAGGAUUCCCAACUCUUUUCUGGGCACCAAAAGACUCUAAGGAUAAACCUGUUAAAUAUGAAGGCGGCAGAGAAUUAGAAGACUUUAUUAAAUAUAUUGCUAAGCAUUCUACUAAUGCGCUUAAAGGCUACGACCGUAAGGGUAAAGCUGUUAAAACUAAAAACGAAGAGUUGUAAUACUUUAACAAUUUUUAAUUCAUUGUUUAAUGCAUUUUCUGAAUCACUUCAGCUUUAAAAAGUGAAAUGAGAUUCUUUUGUAAAAUUCAUUUACUGUCAUUAAUAUGUGACAAAGAACAUUAGUCAUAGAAGUUAAAUAGUAAGUUAUCUUUUUUUAAAUACUAUAAAAAAAGAAUAAAAUGUAUGAAAAGGUGAUCAUAGAAUCUUUAAUAUCAUAUACUUGUUUAGAAAGGAGCAAUUAGGGUGAACUGAAAACAAUAAUAGGUUGUAUUACAUAUACUUUAUACGAUUGUAUAAAAACAUCAAAAGUGAAAGAAACUUGUCCUCAUUUCUUUCCAUACUUAAAAAUAUUGAUAAAAAGUAUAAAUGCUUUUUCCAUUUCAGAGCGUCUGACUGUGCUUUAGGUUAAAUACUAUUCUUAAUUUUUGUUUAUAUGAAAAUAAAAAUAAAUUGUUUUAUACGAAAUACGAA